CCAAUGAUUAUGGAAACUGUCGCAAUUGUUCUGUUGGCUUGAUCGAGAGUAAAGGUGAGUUAAAGGAACUACAGGGCUCGACUGGUCUGACAAAAAAUAGCAGACCAGAGCUGGUAUCUUUGCAAUCAAGACCGAGGAAUGUGGCCAGGCUCACAUUCAGCGGCGCAUCUAUACUUCCCCCAAGCUGGCCACUUCGUUGAACGCCAAGCCUGGGCGCGCUUUGGUUUGGCCGACCCCGUCGCGCCAUCUCAUCCUCGCCUGACGGGCGCUUCGACGACCACCAUGACUGUCGUCAAACUUCCGCUGCUCGGAGGAACAUCGACAAGCAUCCUAGCUCAGAAGGUGCGGGCAAUGGACGUGCGCAGUCCGGGGGAUAGCUUCCACCACGCAGGACGCCCUCGCAAAUCGCGGAUAUCUCGUCGAGCGCGCAGGGAAAAUCACAUCGACCAUGCUGGGCAUCGCAUCGACCGCGCAGGGCACACCCUCGAACGCGUCUUGACCGCGGAUAUCCCGUCGGGCCGUCGCACGCGCAGGGUUUGCGAGGAACACCGGCGCGCAUCAGGUUGCCUCCGUCUGUUUGUUGCCGAACGGGGGCAGAUGGAAGCAGGAGGCCGCGAUCUGGCGCGGUGACGCAGUUCAACUUGAACUUGAUUGAAUUGAGAGUUGAACUAUUUGCCCCUCCGCCGCCUCCGCGGCACACGGGCGUGGGGGUCCGGUUUCCAUCCUGGCCUUCCGAUGACCGUCGAUUGGCUUCGAUGGCUUGUGUUGGGCUGGUGGAGGUUUGUGGUGCGCUGCUUCUGGAUGGGCUCUGUUUCCGAGGAAGGGCAUUGGCGUGCGAUUGACGAGCGGAUCGCCGCGGCGGCGUCUACAGUCGCGUGAACGUCGACGAUGGGCGACACUUCGCGCACCCCGCACGCGCUGUCACCUUGAGGCGGCGCGUAUCGCAGUCAGCUG